CCCGGGUACCCCAGGCCUCCCCGGGGGACCGCUCUCCGCUGCCCCGGAUCUGAAGAGCCCCUUGCAGCCGAGCUCUCUGCUGCCCCAGAGCCCUCUUGGGCGCAGGGUUCCCUCGACCCUAACCGGCGGUUUUCCCCGUGCUGCCGUCCGCCCGGGAGGAGGCUGGGCUGUGAACCGACUUCCAAGUCCUCCGGAGCCCAGGGCGGGGCCACCCCGAGAUCUCCUCAGCGCUGCUUCAUAGCCCGGCAGCACCAUGGCCUCAGCACUGCCCUUGGCAAGGAUGUGGGAUGAGGUCACGUGCUCCAUCUGCCUGGAUCCCAUGGUGGAGCCCGUGAGCAUCGAAUGUGGCCACAGCUUCUGCCAGGAAUGCAUCUCCGAGGUUGGGAAGGAUGGGGGCAGCGUCUGUCCUGUGUGCCGGCAGCACUUCCUGCUCAGGAACCUCCGGCCCAAUCGGCAGGUGGCCAACAUGGUGGAUAACCUCAAAGAGAUGAGCCAGGGGGUCAAGGAAGGCCCGCAGUGGGAGCUGUGUGCGGUGCACGGAGAGAAGCUUCACCUGUUCUGUAAGGACGAUGGGAAGGUCCUUUGCUGGGUGUGUUCCCAGUCCCGGAAACACCGGGACCACACCAUGGUCCCCAUUGAGGAGGCGGCUCAGGAGUACCAGGAGAAGCUCCAGGUGGCACUCGAGAAACUCAGAAAUAAACAGGAGCAGGCUGAGAAGCUGGAAGCGGAUAUUGCAACGAAGAGAGCAGCCUGGAAGGGGAAGGUUGAGGCCCACAAACUGAGGAUCCACGAAGAGUUUGUCCGGCAGAAAAACUUCCUGGCAGAAGAGGAGCAGAGGCAGCUGCAGAAGCUGGAGGAGGAGGAGCGGGAACAGCUGAAAGCCCUGGGGGCCACAGAAGCCAGGCUGGCCCAGCAGAGCCAGGCCCUGCAGGAGCUGAUCGCAGAGCUGGAGAGGAGGAGUCGGGGCCCCAUGCUGGAGCUGCUACAGGAGGUGAAGAGUGUCCUGGAAAGGAGUGAGUCUUGGAACCUGAAGGAGCUGAACAUCGGCUUCCCAGACCUGAGCAGCUUGUGCUAUGUGCCCGGGAUUAAGAGGAUGCUGAGGUCAUAUGCAGUGCACAUCACUCUGGACCCACUGACGGCCAGUCCGUGGCUCGUCCUUUCAGAGAAUCGGCGACAAGUGAGGCUUGGAGAGACCCGGCAGGAAGUGCCCGAAAACGAGGAGAGAUUUGAUACCUACCCCAUGGUCCUGGGUGCCCAGCACUUCAACUCUGGGAAACAUUACUGGGAGGUGGAUGUGGCCGGCAAGGAGGCCUGGGACCUGGGUGUGUGUCGAGACUCCGUGAAGAGGAAGGGACAUUUUUUGCUCAACCCCAGCAAUGGCUUCUGGACCAUCUGGCUGUGGAACAAACAAAAAUAUGAGGCUGGCACCUGCACCCAGACUCCCCUCUACCCUCAGGUGCCUCCGAGCCGCGUUGGGAUCUUCCUGGACUACGAUGCCAGCACCGUCUCCUUCUACAACAUCAGUGACCACGGCUCCCUCAUCUACAGCUUCUCAGAAUGUGCUUCGCUGGACCCGUUCGGCCCUUCUUCAAUCCUGGUUUCAAUGACGGUGGAAGAAAUGCACCCCCCCUGACCCUCUGUCCACUGAGGACGGGCUGGUAGGGAUCCAGAGACUGUCGGUGGCAGCGCUUCUCUGUUAGCCCCCCUCUCAGCCAAGAGCCCUGCCUCAUUUGCCCCUGGACGCCCAACCACCGUUACCUCUGCAGAGGUGUCAGGAUAUCAGCAAGCAAACGCUGGCAGAGAGGUCACGGGGGGUCUGUGUCAAAUGACCUUCAACACCCAGAUUCCUGCCCUCCGUUGCUUCAUGAGCCCCUCCAUAAGCCAGCCACUCGUAUCUGGCCCCAAACUCAUCUGGAUCAACUGAAGCAUGUUCUCCUCUCCAUCUCCGGGCCUCUGCUCAGAUCUCUCCUGUAGAUCUUGCAAAGGGCUUCCUAAAUAAAUUGGGCCUCCGUCUGCCCCACCACUCUUGUCUCGUACACCUCUGGGAUUAGCUUUCCGACAUGGUCACGUCUCAUCACGGAUGGCUCCACGCUGCUACGGAAAAAGAGCCAUUAGCAGCCAUCCUUUUAAAAUAAAGGCUGAGGAGUUCCCGCUGUAGCACAAUGGGAUUGGCGGCGUCUUGGGAGCGCUGGGACAUGCAGGUUGGACCCCCGGCCCCGCACAGUGGGUUAAGGAUCCGGCGUUGCAGCACCUGCAGCUCAGGUCGCAACUGCGUCUCAGAUAUGAUCCCUGGUCCAGGAACUCCAUGUGCCGAGGGGCAGCCAAAAGAAGAAAAAGAUAAAUUAAAAGAUAAAAAUGAAGUUUAAAAAUUACAGAAAAUAAAAUAAAGGCUGAAUUACGCACGCCUUAGAUCACCCUGUUAAAUACCCAGCUUGCUGGCUCCCCUACUCCCCUCACUACCUCCCAGCCGUAUCUUCU